GCGUCGCAGAGCUGGAGAAGCGGAGGAAGAGGGAGGAGUAUGUCUGCAGAAGUCCCCGAGGCAACCUCCGCGGAGGAGCAGAAGGAAAUGGAAGAUAAAGUGACUAGCCCAGAGAAAGCUGAAGAAGCAAAAUUAAAAGCAAGGUAUCCUCAUCUGGGACAAAAGCCUGGAGGUUCCGAUUUUUUAAGGAAACGAUUGCAGAAAGGGCAAAAAUAUUUUGAUUCUGGGGAUUACAACAUGGCUAAAGCAAAAAUGAAGAACAAGCAACUUCCUACUGCAACCCCGGAUAAGACAGAGGUCACUGGUGACCACAUUCCCACUCCACAGGACCUUCCUCAACGGAAACCAUCUCUUGUUGCUAGCAAACUGGCUGGCUGAUUAAAAAGAGCUGAACUGCAUGGAUCUUCUAAUUCCCAUGAUUUCUCCUUAAUAUGUUACUCCUCUGCUUUUUAUUUCCUUUUACUCCCUAUGUCAUUUGAGAGUGAUGGCUUUGCAGAUAGCGGUAGUGUGUGCUGCUAUUGUAAGGGAAUAUACAUGUGUAGAGUUUUGAUUAGUUUAACAGUGCACUGAUGAAAAGAACACGUUAGAGCAACAUAAAGUAAUCUACUUGAAAAUAAUUGUAUAUAUUACCUAACUCCUAGUGUAGGGCUGGAUCCAACAAGUAACAAACAAGUUUUGCAGUUUUAAUGUUGGCUUUCUUUAAUUCAUCUUAAUUAUAGCUUUGUAUGUUACUCUUAUUUAAUAUAACCUCUACUGUUGAUUUCUUCUGGAUUUUCCUUUUGGGUUUUGUAAAACAGAAGUUUAAGACCACAAGUUAGAAGAAAGGUCACAUAUUUCAAACACAAAUAAAUGGGGCUCCAAAAGAUUUGUAUCCUGUGCUUGAACUUGAAUGGCCUUAAAUCUGUUUCAGCUUUAACAAUAGAAUUUUACUCGGGCAAUAUUUGCCCAUUCCGGUGUAACUUACGUGACUCUAUUGCUUAACAGCUGCUGUUGAAGCUAGUAUUCUUAUUCAGUUCUAUAGUGUUCAGAAUACCUUCUGUCAUUGAAGAUGUGAAUGAAGUGUGCAUGUGCAUCGACUGUUGAAUUCACUUUUGUGCCAUUUUUGUAAAUACAAUAGUUUUGCACAACCUCUCACAACUGUCUGUAUUACUUUCACAUAUUGAAGAGUAGAUAAUGUGCCAACCAGAAGCACAAGAGUUCCUACAAAAAACUCUGUAUGUCAUUAGAGCUUUUGUAUAGUAAGAAUAGUUUAUAGUCUUGGGGUUAUAGAAUACCAAACUGAAAUCUUUGCUCAGACUGCCAUAGACUUAAGCUUUUUCAUUUGUUAGUAGUACCCAUGACAUUCAGUGGCCUUGUGCAAAUAUGAUAUGUUGCUUAGGCAUAUCUUUUGUCCUAUGCAGAACGUUUCAUUUUGACUUUUAUGAAAAUUACUAUUCAUAUAAUUUAUAUAAACUUUUUUAAUGUAGAAACUUUUUACUUCCACAGUCAAUUUGGGGGACACUAGAAUAAAAUACUUUGCCUCUUGUG